AUGCAACGCCCUUCUUCUAGGCCCUCUCGGACUCGCAAUGUCUUUCUCGUGAGGAGCAGUCGAAAGGUGCUCUCUCAAGGAAGCAAGAGCAGCUCCUCGGAGCCCGUCGCACAGAGCGAGGCAGGUGCGAAUUCCGCAGCGGAGACAGCAAGUUCUGCCUGACGAAAUCAACGCCUUGAAAACCGAAUACUGUCGAGAGUCGAUGAUGAGACACGACAGAUAUUGGCACAGAGUGUGAUCCUCCGUGCGGCCAUUCCUUUCACCAGCAUGCGAUACCUCGCCAUCGCUCAGCAUCGGGAGAUAGUGCUCUUGACUCGACUCCGGUGUUAGAUACAAGCUGGCCUCUUCUUCUCUUAUCGGUUAAGCCAACAGGCGGAGACCGAGGCAGGCUCCAACAUGUAUAACAAGUGGGGAGGAUCAGUGGUUCAGGUAGAUGGCACCGUUUCUGAUGAUGACAUUCGAAGUAACGCGGACAUGGACAGGGCUUCAGUUAAAAGCUUGGAAGAAACGCAACAAAGCUGGCUACUUGGAGCUGGGGAGCCAAAGAAGAAGAAAGGGAUCGAUUUGGGAUGCAUGAUCAUCAGUCGCAGAGCUUGUUGCGUGCUAGUGUGUUUGUUUGUGUUCUGUGGUUUCGUGGCUGGUCUCACUGUCCUUCUCGUCAAGACGUUACCGAAGAAGGACAACCAUGGACCUGUCGCCGAUAACUACACCCAGGCGCUACAUCUAGCUCUCCGGUUCUUCAAUGCUCAAAAAUCCGGGAAAUUACCGAAAUCUAACAACAUAUCUUGGAGAGGCGAUUCCGGCUUGAAAGAUGGCCAAGGACAGAUUAUCGGCCCAGGGCAAAAGCGCGAUCUGUCAGGAGGAUACUACGACGCCGGCGAUAACAUCAAGUUCACCUAUCCGACGGCGUACACCUUGACAGUGCUCAGCUGGAGUGUUAUAGAAUACCGUGCAAAGUACCAGGCUAUCAAGGAAUAUGACCACGUAAGGGAACUCAUCAAAUGGGGCACAGACUACCUUUUCAAGACAUUCAAUUACACUGUGAACACCACCGACGUUGAAUACAUAUUCGCCCAGGUGGGCACUGGUGGUUCAAAUGGCACUGCACAACAACCAAAUGAUCACUACUGUUGGGAGAGACCGGAAACCAUGGACUAUCCACGACCUGCAUACGCCGUAGACAGGGGAUCUGAUCUGGGUGCAGAAAUGGCAGCCGCUAUGGCAGCUGCCUCCAUAGUUUUCAGGGAUGACCAAGCUUAUUCGGAAAAGCUUGUUGCAGCUUCUAGGAAUCUUUUGAAGUUUGCUGAAGACAAUGGCAAGCGAGGACGUUAUGUUAAAUCACUUCCAGAUCAGGCCGCACUGUACAACACGUCAGCAUAUUACGAUGAUUUCUUGUGGGCUGGAUCAUGGGUGUACUUUGCCACUGGGAAUUGGACGUAUCUCACGCGAGUAACGAACGCAGAGCUUGCCAGAAACGCUGGUGCAGACGGUGGAGGACCGUUCUAUGGAGUUUUCAGCUGGGACAGCAAACUUCUCGGUGCUCAGCUGCUCAUGACUCGACUGCGUCUCAUGCACACUCCGCCAUACCCCUAUGAGGAUCUGCUGAAGCAGUACAACAACCAAACCAACUACGUCAUGUGUUCCUACUUACCGAUGUAUAAGAAAUUCAAGAGAACGCCAGGUGGUUUGACUUUAUUCAACAAUGGAAAGCCCGCGCCCCUCCAGUACACGGCGAACGCUGCAUUCUUAGCUGCAUUGUAUGCUGACUACAUGACCACUGCCGACAUACCCGGAUGGCCAUGUGAUACUCGAUGGAUCGAAUCUGAGGCCUUGCGGAAUUUCUCGCGAUCACAGAUUGACUACAUCUUGGGAAACAACCCUGCUCGAAUGAGCUACGUGGUUGGAUUUGGCACGAGGUAUCCUACACAAGUACACCACAGAGCUGCGUCCAUCCCUCUGGAUAAGAAUAAGUACACUUGCAAAGGUGGUUAUAAGUUCAGGGAUUCGAAAAGCCCCAACAAGUACGUUAUCAAUGGAGCUAUGGUGGGAGGUCCAAACAAGAAUGACAAGUUUUAUGACCUGCGAAACAAUUAUACUUACACGGAACCCACGAUUUCUGGAAACGCGGGUUUGGUAGGGGCACUUGUCGCCUUGUCAGAGGCCAUACCAGACAGUGGUGUGGAUAGAAAUAGCCUCUUCACCAAUCUUCCUCCCAUGUAUAUUCCCUCUCCUCCCCCUCCUGCACCAUACUUCCCGUAAGUGCAUACUAUGAACUCGGUCUCCGGCGAGAGAACAUAUGUUUUGCAGUGAACACAAGGUUGUCACUUUUCUUCUUCACAUGGUUGCCGUUGUGAGCUGUGUUUUCUGGUCAAGAAGACAUGUUCUGUGGUCUGAACAGACAAAAAAGGAGUCUCCCAAUUUUUGGAGGUAUCUGGCCUUGUAACAUACAGUUGAGCUGCUAUAAUCCUUAUUUUUAUCCACCUCAUUCUGUUUGGAUUUAGUCAUUCCUGUGGAUCCACUAUCUGAGGAAUUCUCUUAGUGUAGGUACUCUGGUCUUCCCGGGAUGUGGAUUGCCACCCGAUUUGUUACGGAUGCACCGAUAGAAGUACACGAGUAUCAUAUCUCGGUGGAGGUAUUGAUAUUGCCGAACUUGCACGUGCUGGUAACCGUCAACAUUGUAAAGAGCAUUUGGGCAUCUGGUGAGCUACUAGAGCGGUGUUGUUGUCUCACGUCGUAGCUCAAGCUAGGAAUGUACAGUACUCCACGCGCAUUAUGUCAACCAUGUAGCAGUAGUGUUUGAGCGGGCCGUUGAAAAUUAUGUCGCGAAUCACGCCACUGAAAGGGGUGGACAUUCAGUUACGGGACGAUCUUUCCGAUUAAUUUGGAAUUCAAAAAAAAUAUUAGCCGAUAUUUACAGACAUUCACCAAUUUCCAAGUAAGUGUCUAUGCUGUAGGCAUCCUCAUCUUUGCCUGUACUGUAUGCCUAAUGCUGGAAAGAUUCACAAGGAGUGAGUUCAUUUCUGUAGAUUCUGACGAAUUUUUUUCCGAGCGCCUAUUUCGCUACACUCAACCGCGCCCAUGAUAGGGAUGAACUACUAUUCUACAAAGUAUGCCAGAUUCUUCGGACGAAAGUGUCCGGCUCCGUGUGGAAACAGAUUCCUUAGCAAAUUAGUUAUUGAAAAAAAGCUCGAGUAACGUGACGACACGAGUGUCCGAACACAAAACUAUAGAAACCCACACGGUAG